GGACCGACCUCCGUUGUAUUUGUAUUUGAUUGUAAAAGUGAAGUUUUUUAUUAGGUGUAUCCAGCCUACAUAUUUAAUUUAAUAUUUAAUUAAUGUUUGAUUGGGCGUAUUACAAGCAAAUGCAAAAUUUUAGUAGAACAAAUGUCAUUUCGACGAAUAUUUCGACGAGUGUUGUAAGCCGCAAGCCAGUAAUUGGGAGAAUCUGGUGUUUUUGUAGCUUCCUAGGAUUUGCGUGCUGUGCUUUUUCCGACAAAGGAAAGGAAAAGUUUAAUUUCAAAUAGAGCUACGGUCCAGCACGUGUGAAAGAGCGAAAGAGAAAUAAAUUAAGUUAUAACAUAAAAACAGAUAUUGAAUAGAAUUGAAAUUGUCUUGAAGACGGAUACUGCAGUGAAGCACUUGGUUUCAAUAAUGAUUCUGGAGGAACUAGUAGGCGGUAUCCUAUCGCUCUGCUCGAGUUUGGCAACACCAACACCGCCAAUUUCACGAGAACAUGAAGGACAAAUGAGAUUGAUUUUUGAAGACAGGUAUGAAGAGAAUGACGAAGUUUGCGAUGGUUUAAUACAUCUUGAGUACGAGGAAGAACCCGAAGCCGAGACACCAUAUUAUGAAGAUGCGUUUGUUGCAUGGCAAACUAAAGAACAAUCUAAUCGUAGAAACCUCUGCGAAUCAUUCAAACGAAGCCUUGAAGCAAAUAUUGGUUUAAUUGCGGUGGUGUUUAUAUUAGGCAUACUCGUAAUUGGACUUGUUUUUGUGGAUUUCAAUACUACCGAUUCUUGUAUUGAGUGGAUACGCUAUCAAUACAGAAUACCUGAAAAUAUACGAAUCUUGAAAAUGGUUGGAAUGUCUCUUCAAUUAUUUCCGCUAUUUGCUUGGUUUCCGGCAUGUAUAGUCAUGUUAUGGGGUUUCAGAGAAUUCAAAAAGAACUACUUAUCUGGUUUACUGGUCUGUCAGGUAGUGAUAGGGUCGAUAAGCUGUGUUUAUAGAAUUCUGAUGAUUGAUACCAAAAGAUUCACAGUAUCCGAAAUCAAUUUAAAUAGGUUGCCUGUAUAUGCCUUAUUUGUCUUCUCAAUUCUCUGUGGUGCUGGUCUAGUUGCUUGGAAAUUCAAGAAAAACAACCCGGAAACAUCUUACAGUUUGUUCCAUAUUUUUUUCAUUCUUUCGUUUGCUUUCCUGGCUUCAUGUUUAAUUGCUUAUGUCUACGCAUUUUUUAUUAAUAAAUACUUCAAGAAAACAGAAAGCAAGAUUCAAAAAGCCAUUAUCGCCGCAGGAACACCAGGGUUAAUUUUGCCUAUAACCGCCACUGCAAAGUUCAUAAUUCUGAGAAAGAGCUCGGAGAUUAUUACACCUGAUCGUGCUUUUGUAUUGUGCUAUUUUCUACGCGGGGCCUCGAUCGUGCUCUACCGAACGAUGCAGUCAGAUUUUGAAAAUAUAUGGCUUUUCGUUGGUUUGUCACUUUUACACGGUGUCUCAAAUGUUCUCAGUAAGGCAACGCUUGGUCUUCGUAUAAAAAUGUGGAAGUUUUUCAUUUAUAAAUGUCUCAACAAGACUUGCUGUCAGCCAAGACUAGAGGUGAAACCUCAGAACUCACCGCGUAUUCGCCGACUCAAUGCAGAUCUUGAAAUUCAGAAUAUCUUAUUCGAGUACACCACAAUUAUCUUAGUUCAAGCAUAUUUAUCAUGUUAUCUUGUCAUGAACUUUGACACUGCACCGUGGCCUAUUAUUAAAAGUUCUUUAAUCAGAACAGCAAUAGGUUUGGCUACGGAUUUUUUAUUCAACAUGGUGUCAGUGUCAAUCCAAAUUCACGUCUAUGACAUUCCAAUGAGAAUGGUUUGGUUUAAACAUUGGCGAUUCCAUGUGGUUGUUAAUGCGUUUAUAAUGAUUAUAAUAAUAUCGUAUUUUGGUCCAUCGCUUGUCAGCGUAUUCCCAGGAAAAAAUUAUAUUUCUGGAGAUUUAAAACUUAGAAAUUGUACAUCAGUAUUUUAGGCUCUUAAUCCAUUUUAUGGAUGCUAU